ACAAUUCAGCCUUCUGUUCAUGAGCCUUUCGAUGCCUUGACACAUUCCUCCUAUCUUGCAAAUCGCCUCUGUAACAAGAUAACUGGCGGUAUUCCCAAACAACCUAGAAGUCUCUCUACUCCUCCGACUACCCACUCACAGCCAACCAUCUGGAUGCAUUCAAUCUACUAUGCGCCCAGCAUGGGCAGGGAAGACUUUAUGUCCCAUGAGCGCCUGGAGGCUCUACGCAGUUCCGCCUUUGAAUCCGAGCACGCCUGGCAAUAUGACACAUCUUACAUGGAGCACGAGGCAGCUGCGGUAGCGCUUGAGCAAGAGAUCGAACGGUCGUUAGCUAGUAUAUCACCAGAUGAGAACUCGGACGAGCAGAUCAGGAUUAUCAAGACACAAAUCACAAUUCACAGGGAGCGACAAAAAGCGCUGAGGCCCCAUUUAGAGAGCGGUAGUGGUGAUUUCGAUGGAUGGGGGAACGAAUGCACAUUUGUGCCUGCACCGAACCAGUGGGGCGCGAAUGGGGACCUUGAUGAGGAAAGCGAGACUUUGUCCUCUAUACACAAACUUCUCACAUGGCAAUCAUCGUCACCAAUCUCUGUCACGCCACCCUAUUCACCACUUUAUGAUGAGCUACCAUCCCCAGAUGUUCCUUACUCUUCAAUGCUGGACCCAUACCAGGCGCCAACAACAUACCACCUCCAUCGCACACGGGAGUGGACUGGUCUCUCUGGCAGCCGCAAAUAUGUUUACACGGCACGUGAGCAUUCAGACAAGUAUGCCAUGUACAUGCUCGAAGCCAUGCAUCGUGGUGAUAAUCAGAUUACUGCAGCCGACUUCUUCCGGGCUGCUGAGUAUCCUAAAACCUGCAUUCGCAUACUCCUUUCUGGGAUCGAGAAACAACGCCUGUCCACAUCAUCAAAGGAUGCCGCCUACAAGUCGCGAUGCAUUCAUCUGGAUGCCAAAGAUGCUUUUGCGCAAUCCAUCAGGGAAUACCCAGACCGGCAACAGAAGAUCCCAUGGUCGCCGCGGCGCUUCACUUACGGAGGUCGACGUUUUGUAUGGAAGUCCGGUGAUUCCAAGGAUGACUCGAUGCCGGAGACGCUGUACGAGUUUCGAAAAGAUUGGGCAAAGACAGGCAGCCGAACAGGAAAGCGGUGUGAUGAUGCACAAGCAACAAAGCUAGUGUGGGGUGAAAAGAAGAGGAGCGGGAAAGUCGACAGCUACACAAUCCAUUUCGCUGGUGGUAUGGACCAAGUUUUUCGAGAGGUGCUGCUUGCGAGCCAGAUGGCACGCCAGACCUGUUUGUUCACGGCGAUGAAUUAAACUCCUCAAAACAUGGGGGAUGAGAGCUGGACUCAAAGAGGGUUGUUUGCGUAUGCGCUGCGUGGCGCGAAUGAAUGAUCGACUGGAUCGACUGCUAGAGAAAUAGAUACCCCGGAGGCAUCUCUUUCAGGAGACUUUAUGAUACCCAUACCGAUACGAUCAUUAGUCGUACUUCAUCAAAUAGUUUGAAUACCAUUCGACAGGCGGACUGAUUAUCUUCUGUCACUGUCUUCCCAUUUUACAGGAAAUUCUUCUCAUUCAAAUUCAAGCGUCU